AUUGGUAGGAUUAUAGUAUGACGCAAAAGCGAGCGAGGUGAUCGCAUGAAACUUGUGAAGAGAAAGCUAUAAAUUAAUUAAUUGAUAUUACUUAUCGCUUUGGGAAUAAUUGUCGACGUCGUAGCGGGUACACGUGCCGAUGUCAUUAUCAUUUGUUUAUUGUUCAGUGACACCAAGACUCUGAUAUAUUAGCAACAAUAUUAUUGAUUGUUUUGUGUGAAAAAUUACGUUUCCUGCAACGAUAACAAUGCAUUUACAAACUUUGCUAAUUGUUUUUGUACUAUCUUUUGCGUGUGGACAAGACAGACGGAUAAUACCAAAAUUGAAUCCUGGUUGUGACGCUUGUGGAAAAUCAACAACCCUCCUUUAUAUCAGGGCAGAUGGCAGCCAAGAUACUGUCCACCAGUUAUGGGACUUUACACGAGGAAUGCCCACCAUCAUCUACGUGAUUUCAAAGCUCAACACAUCAUUGACGAUAAACUGGAAAUUCAAUGAGCCAAUAGAAUUCAUGCUCUCAGAGACACCGCUGUACAGCUUUGCUGUUACUAUUGAUAAGCUAACAGAAUACAAUGACAUAGAAAACAACGGGUACAUAGACAACAGAUGCCCACAGAGGGCGCUGUCUCUGCGCGACUUGGAGUGGACGCGUGGCAACACUGUGUUGGACAACAAGGAGGCCAUGUUGCAUAUGCGCGGGAAAUUCGGCGAAGAGAAACAACAUGGCGUUGUUGACAUGAAACUCGACCUCCUGCCUUUCAAAGACUACGCAGUAGACCUACCGCAUCUGAUCCACACAGCGAACUCUACUCUAGUAGACGUUAGCCUAGUCAAUCUGACGUCAUCGCCAGACUACAACGCGUCGCGGUUUGCCCUGCACUUCACUCUAGUCAGCACGGACGCGAAGAACGAGAACAUGAGCUAUAGUAUGAGGAAGAGCUUGGAUGAUGAGCAUACUCCGGGAGUUUUUGAGAUAUUUGAGAUUAGGACUCCCAAGUCGAGUCGGUCGGACGACGGCGGCUUCAUACAGUUCCGCCCAGUCAGCUACACGGAGCAGGAACGCAGCGUCUCAUCUUCCACCAACGCUUACAUAUCUAACUUCACGCGGACAACAAUCCCCAAAACGAGUACGUUGCGCGUGUUCUACGAGGCGUUCAGCAGCAACGACCUGCUGGUGCAGGACAUGUCCAUCUCCUUCGGCCUGCCCGGCGACGGAUACUACCGGCAGCAUAACUACACUUCUUGGUCAUUCACGAUAGGCUACGGCAUCCCACCAGUAGAAAGCUUCUCCCUAUUCGUGAUCGUGAUCAUAUCCAUCGGACUCGGAGUACCCAUCCUCCUGGCACUAUCAGGCAUCACGUUUGUCAUAGUAAGGAGGUGUAAGCAGAGGAACCCGCCUACAAGGUUUACUGAUGAUGAAUGAGGUAAAAUAGGAGAUACAAUAUGGCCGUUUUUAAAUCCAGCUCCUAAGUAUUACUUAGCGUAAGGGAACACCUAAACUAACCCCUUACCUGUACCGUUAGGUGUCACUUAUAAAUUGGAAUAAUCAAAAGUUCGUUGAGUGACAUCUUUCUUAGCUUAGGAGUCCCUUAAAGAUUAAGGGAGUUUGGUAAAACGGCCGAAAGUCAAUUUGGUAAUGGUACAGUUGGAUACAAAAGUUGAAAAGUUAGUCUUAAUAAAAUUCAUUUGAAAAAUGUUGGAUCUUUACCAGAUAUUUUAUUUAAAAUGUAACAAAGUAUUAACGUUUUGGUACUUGAUUUUGAUUACAAACUUAAAAUGUGAUCAAUUUGUGUUUAUUUUCAUGAUACAUAAUGUUAAACCAGUGUUUAGUUGUUUUACAAAUCAUCGUCAAUUUCCAUUUUACUUUCAACAAUUUAACUUUCAAUAUUUUCAACUUAUUUCGAAUUUCAAUACUGUUUUUUUUUUAUUGUUAUUGAAAAAUAACAAUAAAAAAAACAAUAAUAUCAACAAUUACUUACAAAAUACAAUUCUACUGUCAACUUUUGUGGUUAACUGUACCUUAAGUAUAUUGCUACAUAUCAUGCAUGAUUGAAUAAAAAUAUGUUGUAUGACAAAAUCAGUCAUACACAAAAAUGUGUGAUAUCCUCGGGCUAUGUGUAUGGAAAAACGUAGCGAAGAGUAGUAACGUUUCUGCACUCGCUACUUAGAUAAUGAAUUCAAUUAAUCGUGAAAACACUAUAAAAAUAUAAUGAAUAAAUUAAUCACCAUAAUUUAUGUCCCCAAACUGCGCGUAACUACAAAUUGGAUAAUUAUUAUUUUUUAUUGUGUCUGAUAUUAUCAAGAAGACGUUGCUUGAUUUUAGUAAAAUUAUGUAUGUAUCGCCACACCUUUUAUUGCCGAAGUUGUAGGCAAUGUACACCCAUUUUUCGUGUAUUGUAAAAAAUUGACAGUUUAAUUUGAUCGUUGAGUGCGCAACUUUUAAAUUAAAAAGCUAAGCUGUCUAAGCUGUUUAGUAUUAACUGUAGAGCUUCAGUGUACAAAUUAUUGAUUAAAAUUAUUUUGAUUUAACUGUCUAAACCUUGUAUUAGGCAAUUAGUAAAUAUAAAUUAUUUUUAUAGAAACUGUAGACAAAAAAAAACUCAGUAAAUAUCUUUUACGGCCGAUACUUAGUUCAAUUUAAUAGUAUAAUGAAAAACUAACAUUUGUUUUAAAUUAUAAUAAUACUUUAAUUUUUAAAUCCUUCAUACAGCUUUUUGGAAAAAUCAAAAAUUAAAUAAUUGUAAUGUGUUUUUAGAAUAGUUUCAGGAGUUUAAAGUUAAAGUUUUAAAUAACAGACAAAAUAAAAAUGUAGUCUCAAUUUACCUGUAGAUAAUUAAAGUGCCUGUUUGUAGAUUAUUAUUGUUACUGGUAUACUGCCGUACUCAGAGACAUUUAAUGAUUAUUUAAAGUAUUCCUUAGUAUCGAUUUUGUUCUGAAAACAAUUGCUAAGGACUGGGUUAAGUAAUCAUUACUAACCCGUGGUAUGGCGAACGCAGAUCUACGCGAGACAAAAUGUGUUUUCUAUUGUGUCUCAUUUACCGACAGACAAGGUUAAAUGACUCUGAGUACGGCAGACAGAGAGUGUUUCUUUGAAAGAAAAAAUAUUUAACCUUUGAAAUUGAAGAGUGGAGUGUCUUAGGAAUUUGCAAUAUGUUAUAUCAGAUUGCUUAGAUACAAUUUUCAAAGACAUAAUUGUAUUUGAAACUUCUUGUAAGUUUGUUCAAUAUUUUUUUCGAAGAAACGCUCCUAAAUAUGGGUGCAAGUAUACCUAUAGUUACUAAAUAUAUUGCACCUCAUGUCCACCCAAUAUGUACCAUCUGCUAAUAAAAUUUAAAUGUAACAAAGUAAUACCUACAUACAAAUAUUGUUUUAUGUUAAACGGUUUUAAUUGGCUUAUAUUGUAUGGUCAUCAAGAUUAACAGUGUGUACCAAAUAUCAGAUCGAUCGGACGUUAGGAAGAGGGUUAAAUCCCAAUUUAUUUAAUUUGGCUCAAACAAACAAAGAAGUAGUGAAGUGAAGCUCAAUGAAACCGUCUAAUAAAAAGCAAAAUUAAAAUUUUUAUUGUUGUCUUAGUUGUAGGUUAAAAUUUUAGUUGGAUUCACUCUAUGUUUGUUUUUAUGUGAUUUUAGACAUGUAAACAAAACUUUAGUUUCAAUAAUACUGAGAUUUCGAUCUGAUAGGUAAACUAUACUCCUAAAUACUACCACUGUGUAUAUACAGAAAAUAUGAUAAAUAUAAUAUGUUAAGGACUCCCUAUAUAUUGACGUUGGAAAUUAAAUAUUAUUGAUAUUAUAUAAAAAAAAAUGUUUCCUAAAAUAUAAUUGUGAUGUUACAGUAUUUUCUUAUAAAAAAAUAUAAAUUGAAACGCAUAAACCUAUAUUUAUUGGAUUAGUUUUAAGAUGUAAGAGCGCCUUCAAACUGAGAACAAUGCGAUGGUUUUCUACGCUGCACUAAAGCCGCGUAUUCACUUACUACAUUAAACUGACACGACAACGCGACGCCUGCGCGGCGUAUGCGCGGCGCGAACGCCUACGCUUGACAAACGCCUAAUUUGAAGGCGCGCUAAGCUUUCCCGCGGCUAUAACAGGCCCUUUAGACAAAUUAAAUUGUUUUGUAUAAACUCCAUUCUCUAAUUUUCUCAACUUUCUACGACUUGGAAGUAUGGGUACCUAAAAAUCAUUCGGUUUUCCUAUAUUAAAAUUAUUACCGAAAUAUAUUAAGAAUUUAUUUAUUUAUUUAAGACAUGAUUUUUCUAAUCUGUGACUUCUCUGUUAAAAUGACAAAUACUAUUGAUUAAAUCUAUUUUUCGUAAACAAGAAGAUACAUUUUACAAUGACGGAGAACUUUUUAAUUUCUCAAGUUCUAACCUAAUUUGACAUGUGAAUGCAAGAGGUCAAUUAAUCAAUUUUGACAUUACAUAUGUAACGUGACGUCAUCAAUGUUUUGUAACGGAAUUUUGUAUGAUUUUUGUAAAUUAUUUUUUAGAUUUAAUUGUUAGCUUUGUAUUUUCUGAUGUGAUAUUAAUUUUGAUUAUGUGUACUUGUUUUGUAUAUAGGUAUAUGUGUAAUGAAAUAAAUGCAUUAGUAUUGUGGAA